UGUUGGUUAAUGGCACCUGUCAUUUUAAGCGCUUGCGUAGAACAUAUACCAGUACAUAAAAUGUCUGAACGAGUACCUAACUUAUCUUCCCCUAUCACUUCCCAUUUGUUGGCUCUUUUAUAGACGCCGCGGCGUUUUGAGAUGAUGUCACGACAUGCUUUACGAUGAUUGGUCUAUUCGUGUUUAGUUUUGGCGCUGGGCUGCUAACUGAGCGCCAGUAAGCAAGAAGGGAGAAAAGAAGCUUUUACUAUGGGUGACAGAGAGGCCGUGUUACUUGAGGCCCUGAGUCGGUGCGGACUGCGGGGCCUGAGCCAGGCCUGGGUUGAUUCAGUAUGGGAACUUGACUUCACUGAAACUGAGCCCCUGGAUUCCAGAAUAGAAGCCGAAAUAUCAGAAAAUGGAUUAGAAGCAUUUAGUACUUUGCAUGAAAGUCUGUUGCCCUUUGCUUCCGAAGAGCUGGAGAAUAACAGGAGUGUAUGGCUCCUGUUUUCUGAGAAUGACAUUUGUCGUAAUUCGCUGGUGGCCUUGCUCUCACACUUUGUUCAGGCAGGGUCUAAUAAAAAGGCCAAUGCCGUACAGAGAAUACUGGCACUAAAUGCUGCUGGCCUCUAUUUUAUGCUGCUGGAAAUUCCAGGUAGUGUUGCCAACCAGGUUUUUCAUCCAGUACUAUUUGAUACGUGUGUAAAUGCCCUAGAGAAAUGUUGGCCUCAGGAUCCCAAUGCUAAUCGCAAAAGAAAAAAGGACACACAAAAGAGUUCCCAAGGGGAAAAUCGUGGGGGCAGGAAAAGACCCAGGCCUCCUAGGAGAGUAGAACAAGAGAUGGAGGAUUUGUCAGAGGAAGAACAAGAUGAGGAAGAAAUGUAUUUCUCAACUCGAGAUCUCCUGAAUAUUCGAGAUUCUAUCUUUCGCCUCCUAAAGAACUUUUUGCGUCUUUUACCCAGAUUCUCUCUCAAAGAGAAACCUCAAAGUGUUUUGCAUUGUAUUCAGGUCUUUAUAAAUUUGACCAGUUUUGAGAGUGUCCCACAGGAGGUGCCAUUUUCUGAUGCAGUAUCUGUUAACCGCAUGAAGUUUGUGCCAGAACUUGCAUACCAUGGAUUGUGGUUACUCUGUUUGUCCAUUCAUGGAGAAGGAAAUCAGACAGUGCGCCGCCUUUUUCAGCGCUUGCUCAGUGUCAUUUUGAUGAUGAAAGGAGGAGAAGGUUCUAAUUCAGCUCUUUUGGUCAUCAAUGCUCCUGUUAUUAGUGCAAGAAAUCAAGCUUUACGAUUUAUCAGUUUUUUGGUAAAUGAGCUGAAAGAAGGUGCUAUCCCUGUGCUGAACAUUCUGCUGCAACAUAUUUGUGUCAAGUUUCCAGAUAAGGCAGAUUACAGAGUAUAUGCAGCUCAGGCUUUGGUCAAACUCAUGGAAAAGCUUCCCAAUGCAGAAUAUGCUGCCUUCAUAGAAUGGUUAUACAAGUAUUCAAAAAAUUCUAAGAUCUCUUACAGAGUGUUUGCGCUUGAAGUGGUAGUUGCUUUGCUAGAUCUACCAGAAAGAGAAGCAGAUGUUUCCUUGCCUCAUGAAAACUUGAAGUUUCUGCAGCAUAAAUUCCUGCUCCAGAAUGUGGUAUUCAGCCGUUGCUCUGACAAAGCUCCCACUGUCCGCAGUAAAGCACUUUCCUGCCUAGCUCAGUGCAUGGAAAAGAAUGGCACCACUUCCAUGGAUGGGGUGCAGGAGCUACUGCAGGGCAGUUCUUGUCGUACUGUGUUUGGAACAAAUAUCACUGAAAACACAGGGAACGGCACUGUGGAUGCAGGUACAACACAUCCUCAAAAAACCAUGGCUACUUUAAAAACCAUGGAAGUUUCAUACAGUAGUGAUACCCUAACCUCAGAUGGAAAGGAGGUCUUGACAAUGUUACGCUAUAGAGCAGGAGAUGAGAAGACAAAUGUGAGAAAAUCUGCAUUGCAGGUUCUGGUGAACGUGCUAAAGUUCAAUUUGAUUCCCUGCAGUUCGGAAGAUCUUUCUACACUGCAGGACAGGUGCAGGGAUCCUGCAGUAUCUGUGCGAAAGCAAGCACUGACUUCCUUGACUGAGCUUCUUCUGGCUCAGCCUCACAGUGUUUUUGUUCAGAAAGCCUGGCUGACUGGGCUAAUUCCUGUGGUUCUGGAUACUGAAAGCUCUGUGCAGGAAAAAGCCCUUGAAUGUCUUGACCAACUUCUGCUUCAAAGCAUUACACAUUAUAAUCGCUUUAAACAAGAUGAUGAGAGGCAAAAAUUAACAUGGGACUUGCUGAAACUUCUUACUUCGGAAAGCCAAGACCUUAGCCGUUACCUGACAAAGGCCUUUCACUUGUGGUCAAAACAAGAUAAAUUUUCAUCGACUUUUAUUAACAACCUGAUCUCUCACACGGAGACUGAACACACUGCUUCUGCAUGGAUGAUACUUUCUAAAGUUGCAGGCUCCUCGCCAAAGUUGGAUUACACAAAAAUUCUUCAGUCUUGGGAGAAUAUUAGCAGGCAUAGAGAUGCAGACAUCAGCACAACUGGGCACAUAUUAUGUGUAAUAGGCCACAUUGCUAAGCACCUCCCUGCAAACACUAGAACACAUCUAAUUGAUCAUGUCAAGUCCUGGUUAAAAGAAUUUAAGUCUUCACCAGAGGUGAUUAGUCCUGCAGUGGAAGCUUUGCAGAAACUCUGCCAUGCACACACUGAUAAACCAGAAGGGGUACAGGAUCUUUUAAAUGAUGUAUGUGGUGAGAUUGUCUCAGCUUGUGAAGAUUACAUCUCAUCUGCUGUGAUGACUGAUUGCAAGGAUGAACAGCUGGACCAAGAUUUACUGGUAAAACACCUUUUUACUCUUGGGGAAGCAGCCCAGCUGUGCCCUGCAAGGGUGGAGAAACGUGUCUUGCUGCUGGUUCAAUCCAUAUUGGCCUCAUCUGUAACCACAGAAGAAAAUUCCUGCCGUUCUGAUAGCGAGGAUCCUCCACUUUCCCAACCACUCUCACAGUUCAAAGGGUCCAACAUGCCUCCUCUGAUUAGGGCACAUGCUUUCAUAACACUUGGGAAACUCUGUCUACAACAUGAAGACCUGGCUAAAAAGUGCAUUCCUGCACUAGCCAGAGAGCUUGAGGUUUGUGAUGAUGUGGCCAUUCGUAACAAUGUUAUCAUUGUGAUAUGUGACUUGUGCAUCCGUUACACUACAAUGGUGGAUAGAUACAUACCCAAUGUUUCAGUCUGCCUUCGAGACCGAGACCCCUUCAUCCGAAAGCAAACUCUUAUCAUGCUAACCAACCUUCUACAGGAAGAAUUUGUUAAAUGGAAAGGCUCCCUCUUCUUCAGAUUUGUCAGUGUGCUAGUUGAUCCUGAUGAAGAAAUAGCCAAGUUUGGGGAGUUCUGUCUGGUUCACCUCCUCCUGAAGAGGAAUCCAGUUAUGUUUUCUCAGCAUUUUAUAGAGUGCAUAUUCCAUUUCAACAGUUAUGAGAAACAUGAGAAGUACAAUAAAUUUGAACAGACAAAGAGGGAGAGGACCCUUUUCUCUCUGAAGGGCAAAGAAAACAAGGACAAACGAAUGAAGAUCUAUAAGUUCCUUUUGGAACACUUCACAGAUGAGCAGAGAUUUAACCUGACCAGCAAGAUCAGCCACAAUGUACUAGCUUGCUUUGUGGAUGGGAUUUUACCUAUUGAUAUGGAAGCCAAUGAAUUGCUGUCUGACAUUUUUGACAUAAUGAGCAGUAAAGAAAUUAAGCUGUCAGCAAUGAGAUCAAAACCCGGAGAAGACAUCGGUGCUGAUGAUGAUGAGAUGGCAAUGGCUAAUGCCGUAAUGCAAGCAGCUCAGAAAAAGCUUAUAUCUCAGGUGCAAAAGAAGAACUUUAUUGAGAACAUUAUUCCCAUUAUAACUUCACUGAAGGGGUUCCUUGAGCAACACCGCAUUCCUGCUGUGAGAGAUCUCAUGAACUAUUUGCGGGAGAUGAUGAAGGAUUAUCGGGAUGAGAUAAAAGACUUCUUUGCUGCAGAUAAGCAACUAGCAGCUGAACUGGAAUAUGAUAUGAAAAAGUAUGAGGAACAACUUGAAAGAGAGCAAGAGGAAAUCUCUUCUUCUCCUUCAGCUGAAUGCUCCCAAACCCCAAAGGGUUCUCCUAGAGCUGUCAAUGCCAUUUCAUCUCCCAGGAGUCCUACGGCACCAAAAUCUCCCCUUCCUACUAAUGCACAAACAUCGACUGGAGCUGCACCUUGUACCCCUACAACAACCCCGCCUAGGGUCAGCAUACUGAAAGAUCAGGGGCCCAGGCCAAGGCAAAUGUCGCUCAGUACCCUGGCAAUACUUAAUUCAGCAAGAAAAGCUGCAGAGGGAAACAAGAAACAUCGAAGCAAGAGCAUUGGAGCACAACCAUCAACUCCUUCGCCAGCAAGCACAACUAUCAACAAACAAGUGACGUUCCGUAGUCCAGAUCAGCAGUCAAAUAGUUCUCUGGUUGGAAGAAUGAUCAGCACCCCUGAUGUGACCAUUGAAAAUGUAACAUUUGGGGCUGGGGUCAGCUACAUUAGUGCAAGCCAAACACCACUUUCUGGGAGCAGGGGAAGCAUUGGAUCCCAAGACAAGGACAAGGAUGUACUGUGCAUUAUGUCUCCAGACAAACAGGCCCCCCAGCCCCGAAAAUGGAAUGUGGAAUCUCCAGUCCAGAGAAGAAGCAUUCGCCGGCACAUUUCUGGAAAAGCACCACUAAAGCCAUCUAAUUAGAUAUAUUCAUGUAAAGCUGUGCCUCUAACUGACAGUGUCAGAAAAAUCUGGUCCAAAGUGAAAGCGUUAAGUGUGUGUAUAUAUUUAUGUGUGCUAUGCUGCUAACGUACCUUUUGCAGCCCUAUAAUCAUCUUGCCUUUCAUUUGCUUUGAUUUGAAACAUUAGCUAAUUUUGGAAUGGAAAGACUCAGAGCAUAGGCCACCAGCUGGCUCUUUCGUAUUGUAAUCAUCUUGUUAAAGCUUUGACAUACUAAAAGCCAUAAAUCUCCAGCGAGCUGCAAAUCAUCGCCCAGAGCAUGGAGGUGACAGGAAGUGAGCUGCAGCAUUGGCCCAGGGUCAGAGCAAAUGGAGAUUUAUACAUGGCUCGUUGGCUUGCCCAUCUUUGCUGACAGAUUAUGCAAGGUGCAACAUGCAGACCUAUAUUUAAAAAGGUUACAGGAAAAUCUUUAACCCUGCUUUUAUCCUGUAAGUCAUUCUAUGGUAAUCAUACAAACUACAUUCUCUUUCUUUAACAAAUAAGCUGAAAUCAGUAAAGGAGAAGGAAAGCUGAAAUCGGAAAAAGAAGGAAAUCACUGGGAAGUGUCAAAGGCAACCCCAAGUGACUUUAAUUACCUGAAACCCCCGGCCGGUGCUCCUGUGAGUAGAAAACAGCACUGGCAGGGGUUUAUGCAAGCUAGAGUUAGACUUUAACAAAAAAAGUUGGCUUUUUCACUCGGCUGCGCAUGUGACGGCCCCGGAUUGUAAUCGAAUACCUGGUGCAGUUUACAGGAGCACCAGCCAGGGGUGUGGGGGUAAGCUAUUACAAUUAUUGGGGGGCACCUUUCCUUCUCCUUAAAUAAUUUAAAUUAUUUGUAAAUGGAAUUGCUACAGAAGACUCCACAGAAUUCCUUGCAUGUUCUGUGAAUAAUGCAAGGCAUUGUGGGAAUUGGCAGUCUUGGUUGUACUAGGGCUGACUUUUGCUAAACUGUCUGAGGCAGGACAAGAAAUAGCCAUUAAAAUAGCCAGACCAUUGCUGUUUUCUGUAGCAAUAACAUUAACAUAAUUGAAGUGGUUUAAUUCAUGUUAUACUGAAUUGUUGCUUAGAAUUGCAGUUUUAUUUAUGGUACAGUAUUUCAUAUUUUCUUUCUGGAGCCCCCAGCCAGUGAUUCUAAUCGCUUCACCUCUGGGGACUAGUAUUGUAAUUGCUUACCUGAUACCCCAGGUGGGGCUCCUGUUUGCUGAAAACUGCACAGCCCUGGGCUACUGCUGCAGGAGUGCCAUGUCUUCUUUUUGGAUCCUCUCUAGGGCCUGGUCUGGGUAUGCAGUACACUUUAUUAAAAAAUAAAAAGCUAAUCUUGGAAGCAAGAAGCCCGCUUUUCAGUCUACUGUGUAUGCACACCCAGUCCAAGCUGGUGCAAAUAAUCUAAUUAUAUGGUUCCUUCUCCUUUUAACACAUUCCUUUGUUUUCUAACGAUGAUAAGUCUCUGAUCUUCAUAUUGAUGUGUCCAAAAGAGAACUAAACCCUAAAAAUAAAUAUGGCUUAAAGGCCAUAUUUUAUAUACUGAACUUACUGCACCAGCCUAAAGUUUCAGCAUCUCAAUAGUAAUAAUCCAGGUCUUUACAGUUGUCACAGGAGUAUCUCAUCUUGGAUUCUGUUAGAAGUCUUAGUGGCACUCAUAAAUUUAGUGUGUUCUGAGCAGCUGUUGAGAAGAUAAUUUGUGACAACCCCUAAGCUUAGCAAGUAGAAAGAGAUUUGCCUGAAAUAUAAACUGAUUCUACAGGGCUGAUUAUUGUAUGGCAUGUAUAUUGUAUGGCCUCUUGUGACAGUUAUAUUCUAUAUAUCCAGUAUUACCUAAGCUCAGGUAAGUAACAGAAGAUGGUGGGCUACUGGGGGCAUCUUUGGAGGCACAGAUCUACAACAUUUCUAGUCUACUUGUUUGGUUAGGCUUUAGUUCUCCUUUAAAAAUACAGGCGAAUACUUAACCCAUGUGAAUAUAUGUUUAUGUACAUACAGAGCAACACUUACUGGUGUUUGUUUUUUAUUGUCAAAGGUAAUUCAAACAUUUUAAUAUCAAUAUAACAGCAGUAAUAUGUACAGAAUAAGCAUAAAAACAUGUUUACAUAUAUAUAUUCUGUGUUGCUCAGUGGGAUAACUGGUUAUGACACUUGGCAGUACUGUUCUUAGGAGGCUAGUUGGUAAUUGUGAAACAGUAACUCUUGAAAUAUACUGUGCAAAUGGCCGUGUCCCCUUGAUCUGCCUCCUGUUUGAAACACAAGCCAAAGAUGAUAUUUUACUGAUUUAAUGUAUAUUUGUCAAGGGAAUGUAUCUGGGAGGUAGGUAAUGUAUUUAUCACUACUGCUACCAAACAAAUGUGUAAGUAGUGCUAUGCAAUCCAGCACUGUUAUGAGAGAAAUGUUAUUGAACGCUUUGGUCAGGAAUAGCAGAGUCAUUGUUACAUUAUGGCUAGUGCCCGGCCAGACCUGAAACAGCUGUUAAACAAUGUUAAUAAAACAUAGUAGUCAAAGUUUUAAAAGUGUAUUUUUUGCCUUCUGCAUUUGUAUCUUGCACAGUACCUACCUUUUAUAUGUCAUUAAAACU